UUGGAAGUACAUACAUCCAUACAUCCAUCCAUCCAUCCAUCCAUCCACCACCUAACUCCUAGAGUACCUACUGUGCAUCUAUCACAUUCACUUCAAUUCCUGAAAUAUAACACUCGUCUCACUCCAAUAUACCCUUCAUUACCUCCUCACACUUAUUUCUAGCGUAUAUUCCCAAUUUAUACGGCAACUCACCCUUCACAAGUCAAGUUAUUGGUCUCACAAACCGUCCAACGUUCCUUCCCGCAAACAGCAAACACCCCUCCAAUAUUGUUCAGACGGCCCACGAUUACGACAUAACAUUUGGUAUCUUUGAUUUUUGGAAAGUGCUUGGGAAUCGAAUCAUAAUUGGAAAGAAUUAGUGAAUAACUUUCAGUAUUAAAAUUUCAAGAUGCCUCGUAAGUUCCAUUUCCUUCUCGAUUCUAACCUCAACCACGACCACAACCAUAAGUGCAACUCAAAUUCCAAAUUUCACCUCCACCUACACAAAAUACUUCAGCCUCGAAAAACAAAAUGGAUGACUGGCUGCAGAUUCCAAAAGAUCCAAAAGAUUUAAAUAUGCAGGAAGUGGUUACCCCCGCUGACUCGGUGGUGACCAAUCCCUUCAAUAAUGACCAAGAUGGAGCUUUUGCACCGGCGUCACCAGUCUCUGAGGAUGACUAUGGAUUUCUUUGCUUAAAUCUUCACUCGCAAUAUGAGACUGAUUGGAUAUAUGUAGUAAAUACUGGCGACCCGUACGUUGAUGCUGGGGUAGUGUAAGAUAUCAAGUGCUCUGCAAGGGAAUUCGCUGGCUAAUCUGCGACAAACAGUUCUAUGCCACUCUCCGAUUUAGUAAAUGCGAAAAUUGGUGUUGAAGCUACAGCUUAUCUCUCGAAUCUUUUGAAAGGCACCGCCGAUGAACCUUUACUUGCAGCUUUGGGUGGUCAUCCCAUGGCAUUGAAAAUACAUAUCGAGAACGAUUUGGACAAAUGGAAGGAGCAUGAAAUGGAACCACUAUUUGUAUUUGAAGGUCAAUCAAUUGUUGGCAAGAAAGAAAUGACUAUGCGCAGUCUAAAGUCUGCUAUAUCCGAAACAGAACAAGCAUGGGCAUUGUACAACGACGGCAACCCUACAGAUGCUGUCGCAGCUUUUCGCAAGGCUGGUGAGUGUCUGAAUAUCCAGGUAUUUCCUUUUACUAACCAAAAAUAGGCGCCAUCCAAAUCACCGACCUAUAUCAUAUCCUACAAGAAGUGCUUACUGCGAGAGGCUUAGAGUACCUAACUGCUCCAUUCAGUGCUUGUGCUCAACUUGCGGCUCUCGAUCGUCACGAUGAACAAUAUAUUGAUGGAAUUAUGGGUUCUCAAGAACUACUUCUCUACGAAAUUUGGGACGCUGUCAUGUUCCCGCCGAACUCGACAGAUUGGGAGAACAAGGCUCUAAGAGGAGUUCUCAAAUCUGAGUUACUCAAGAAGCUUAAUGUCACAUCAGACAUGCUCUCCGAUGCACUAUUGAUGACUGGAACAUCAUUCUUACCACCAUUUCCACCGCUCCAAGACCAAACUAUCAUCAGUCGUCAACCUUAUAAUGUUGGCGAUGCGAUCAAUCUACUCCGAACCUCGGAAAAGUCGGUUAGUGCGACUUGUGCAGCUUUCAGCGAUAUUUUGAAUGUACGUGAUCGAGAUUGGCUUGAUAAGUACCGAAAGGCAAAAAUGGGUAUCAAGCAUUGUGUUACUGUAGACACAGACGGAAACAUUCAUAUCAGAGAUUUCGAUCACCUGACUGGCGACAAUCAUGAAUAUCUUGGUUUACAGCUGCCCGCAGAGUUAUACUCUUAUCUACAAAAGGACGUCAUCGGUCCACGUCUCAUGAAUACCUUCAAUUCUCUCGAAUACCAUGUUCUUCCAACUCUUGACGGUUUUGUAUCAGAUGAAUAUCGAAAGUUGGUUACAGAAUCUCUUUUACCACUUAGAGAAACUUUUGCAGCCCUAAUUGCCCCUCGAAUGCAUCGUGGUUUUCUCUAUAAAGAUAUCACUGUACGCCUCUGGUUUGACGAUAACAACAAGCCAACUUUAAACCAUAAACGCUUACAACCACAGACUAACGACUUAGUUGACUUGUGGGGUGUUAAGGAUUCCGAAUUAAAGAAAGUGGAGACCAAAUCUUUGAAAGCAGGAAAGAUUUCUUUUGCUGCGAUAUCGUUACUUGAUAACAAGGAUCUUCCUGCUAAAACUAUAGGUAAAUCAAAAGCGACCGGUCUUUCCUCAAAGUCAGAAAUUCUAUCCAAUUCGUUAUGGCGUCUACUUCAUCUCAGGGGCUAUGUCAAUGAUAAACAUGAGUUGACGAAUUGGGGAAAGGCAUUAGCCAGUACUUUGAAAGCCAUUCAACCUAUCUCUGAGAAGUACCAGGAUGUUUACCUCAUCGAGGAAGCAGCAUUUAUGGCAUACGAGCUCAUUCGUUUUCAAAAUCUUCACACUCGUGACCGUCAUCCUGAACUAAUAGGAGGACCAUUGCGAGGCGAAGAUGAGGAUCAGGCAAACUGCAUUCUUAUUAGUCGCUCUGCCUGUCUUCUUAAAAUUAGACAUGCUCCUAUCGGAUAUACUGGUCCUUUGAGCAAGAAUUUUCUUUCAUAUCAUUCAAUCAUCAAAUCUAUUCGGGAAACAGAUAGAGAUCUUAUUGAAGCAAUUGUUGCAUCGAUGCUAUUGAGUGGUCAAGUUACUCGGAAUGUCAAAGAAUAUCAAGGUCUAGGUCGCAGGUACGUUUCUUCUCGUUUCUUCCCACUCUCAUAUUUUUGGCCACUCUCUACUCCAAUUAGUCAACUCACUGACAUUUCCGAAACAGUCUUCCAUUCGAUAAUGAUAUAGAUGUCGCUUUUGGAAUAGCCGUCAAAACCUACUUAGAUGAUCGCAUCAAACCCGACAUAUCUAAAGAGGAGAGGCAGGUAAUGAAGAAUUCGUAUAGUUCCACAUAUCUUCCUCAUGCAAUUAAUUUCGCAGAGGAUCUUGAUGUUGCAUUUGGUUUCUUUGACGCAUUGCAUAAGGGGGUGAAAACUUUAUCGGAUAAAGAGAUGAAGGAUGCGGAGAAGAAGACAUGGGAUGAUGCUAAAGCAUAUCUCGAGUUGAGAAGGUAAAAUUGAUGAAGGUGGGUUGGGCGGCAGUGAUAUUCUUCUUGGUUUGAUGAGGUGUGGGGAGGAAAGAAAUGAUAGGCUACGUAUGUUGACGGAUAGGAAUAUAGGAAACAAAUAUGAUUGGGGACGGAUGAUGAAUGAAUAUAGCAGAUGAUAGUUGGGCUUGAGAACCCAUGAUAUGGUAUGGGAGUUCCUAUCCCUAUUGCAAUGGGUAUAGGUCUCAUGGAGAAAAGGAAGAAGUAGACACAAGUUAAAAGAAUACACAGUCGUCAACCACAUCUGUCUAGGUAUUCAUAAAAACUCUACUUUGAUUUAUAAAAGUUAUAUUCUAGCCCU